AUGGACAUCCGCGGUAUCUCAGCGACAGCAUUGUUCCAUCAUCAACCCAUCAGCAAUCUAGCAUUAGAUCGAUCAUAUCAUGAGCGACGACCUCGCGUCGGAACGAGUGAUCCGACGCCGGCGGGGUCCAUUCAAGCGGUCACGAACAGGAUGCCGUACUUGCAAGAGUGCGACGAGAUGUGGUCGCCCGAGGGAUUCUGUCAGCGUUGUCUGGCUGGUCCAUGGGAGUGCAGUGGUCGCUCGUCGGGACCCUCGCACGACAUCGACGGCGGACCUUCCCUCCCACACAUCAACAACAACGCGGUCGCCAGUGGAUCAGACCCCCUACAUCACGUGCCUUCUGCGUCAGCACCACUGAUCGUGUCCUCGACACCAUCGAUGAGACCCGUGUUGUCAUCGACAAGUGUCUUCGACUCGAGCGGUUCGGGGAGCGUCACGAGCGGCCCAAGUCCCCUUCUCCCCGCAUCUGUAGGUACGGCUGCCCCCCCAUCCGCACCGCCUCUCGCCCCACCUGCGUUGAAUGGCUUCCAGAGCUUUACUGGUCUUCGUCCGCCUGCGACCGGUACAAGUGGAUACAUCAACCACACCGCUGCUCCCGCCGAAGUUGGUCGGGUGGCGAAUGGCUUUCCGCAGCCGUUGUUUGACUGGCCUGGGGCCGUACCCAGCGCCGUCCUCACGACAUGCCCCGAUGGCACGCUCGCAAUCGACGCGCCGUCGUUGCCACUGCCGAUGGAUCCAGGGGUUCAAGAGUUCUGGAAUGAACUGAGCACAACGACGUUUACACUCGACCCGCCAAACCAGUCCUUCAACUCGAGCUCUCGCGUUCUGUUCCUCAAUUCGGAUCGGCCGAUGCGCCAAGGUGUCUCUCUCGCCGAAAUCUACGCCAGAGUCGUAGAGUCCUGGCUCGUGGGCUUGCCUGGACCUACGCGCGACUAUGCACGAGCUCGCAUCCUUGCUCUUAAUGACAGUAACAUACGCUACGCCGUGGCAACAGCCUACAUCUUCCUGUUCGCUUCGCACCCACACGGCGAGAUCCCGAACCCACGUCCCAAGCUGGUCGAGCUCGCGUGCCGCGGCGCGGGUAUCCUGGACCUCAACGGCGAGAGACGCGGAUCUGGCAGCGACGAGGACGCCCGUGGCGGCGGAGCCACCCGUAAACUGCGCCUGUACGUUGACCACGUGUCGACUCCCUUCGCCGAAGACCUCGAGAGCACCAAGUGGACCGAAGACGCCGUGCGCGAGCUGCACAUUACCGUGGUAACCACGCGCCAGCAGCUGAGUGACCUGCUAUGGGGCGUGAUUGACCUGCAACUGGUUGAAUUUAUCCGUGGUGGCGCCGCACCGAGCUACAACAUGCUCGCGCUCGGUGACCGCCUGGUCCGCCAGUACUUUCAGAGCGACCAUCCAGAAGUUACCCUCAAUGACCUGCGCAAACCCGAGUCUUUUUCGCUUCGCCUGUACGCUCUGUCCGACAUCAGCAGAUGCAUCGUGCAGCGCGGUCGCAAGACCAUCUUUUCCUUCCGCACCGACCCCAAUGCCCAGGAGACGUUGGAGGACGAGCCAUGGAGCACAUACCUCGGCCUACCCGACUCAAUCGUCAUCCUCCUCGCGGAAAUUGUCAACCUCGGCGCCGACGUGGCCACCGAGUCGGUCGAGCAUGUUCGCCGCCGCGCCGAGGAGCUCGAUACCCAGCUCUUCCAGUGGCAGCGGCCACCCACCAACCCCUCUGGCGGGGUGGACAGCUCGGCCCUGGUAUCGCGGACGAUUGCAGGCGAGCUGUGGCGCCUGUGCGCCAUCGUCCUGCUGUACCAGAGCGUCUACCGCGUCGGCGGCCUGCACCCAGUCCUGCGCCGCGCCCAAGGCGAGAUCCUCAGUCUGCUGGCCAGCGUCACUCGCCUCCCCAACGGCGACCUGUGGGGGUUCAUCGCCCUCCCGGCAUUCCUCGCCGCGUGCCUCAGCGUCACGGACGACGACCGCAAAGCCUCCCUGGGGUUUCUGAACCGUACGGGCCCCGAGCGCGUUUGGCUCGACAACAUUGCCCUUGUGGAGAAGGUGUGGGAGGAGACGGACAGUACGGGCCACCUGGUCGAUUGGCACGACAAGAUGGUGCGCGAGGGCUUGUCUGUGGCGUUUUUCUGA